ACGUCGAUGAAGAAGGAAUAUAAGAAGGCUUUUCCUUUGCUUUUUAUUAGUUGAUAGAAAUCUUAAUAUCCGUAAGCUAAUUUUCCCUCCCAUUUCCUAGAUCGUCUCCAUUCCUUCCCGAAUCGAUCGGUUUGAAUUUCGGUUGCUUGCAUCUUCAAUGUUGGACGGUCUCUUUGUUUACUGAGAAUCCCAAGGUUCCAGUCCGAUCCAAAACUAGGGUUUCUGGUUAAGAAACAAGUUUCAGAGGCUUUGCAGAGGAUCGUCAGAUUGAAUUACAGCAGAAGAUGAUAGUUAUUGAGGUAAAAGGAAGUGAAAAAGACUUCAGUUCGUUUGAAGCUUAUGUUUUAGGGUUUCGAGGUGGAGGAUUCUAAUAGGCUCAAGGAUCACAUUGCAGUUCAUACGUCUGCAUUUGAGAAGGGGGAAUCGGUUGAAUUUGACAAAAACGAGGGCUUCUCGUUCAAUUGGGCGCCGACUGCAGUAUAUGAUGGUAGAUUGAUAAUGGUGCGGCUUCUGGGAUUGAAUCGGGGGGAAUUGGAUGACUCGCCUCGUGAGAUUACACGUACCAAUCUGACUAGGGAGAGAGGGGAGAAUGGUUGGCUCGUUCGAUUCUUUGACUCGGCAUUCUUCUGUGAAUGGAUUGCAGUCAGUUACCUCUACAAGCAUGAUCACCCAGGAGUCCGGGAUUACCUUUGUAACCGCAUGUACAGUCUUCCGCUGUGGGGCAUUGAGAGCUAUCUCUUCCAGAUUUGCUACAUGCUGGUUUAUAAGACAAGCCCAUCAUUGGAUAAGUUCGUCAUCUAUAUUUGCUCCAAAUCUCUACAGAUUGCACUGAAGGUCCAUUGGUUCUUAAUGGCUGAAAUUGAGGACUCGGAUGAUAAUGAGGGUAUCAGUAGGAUUCAGGAAAAAUGCCAGAUAGCAGCGACUCUGAUGGGAGAGUGGCCCCCCCUCAUACGGCCUCAGAACCCCUCUACAAGCCCUAUAAGCAAAAAUAAAGUUCUCAACAAGCUUCUCUCGUCAAAACAGCGGUUGUUGUCGCUAACUUCAUCACCCCCAACCCAACACCAACGAUCUUUAUCUUUCUCGCCUUCAUCAGGAAGCAACUCUUUGCAGGAAGAGGGUAGUCAGCCCUCCCCUGACGAGAAUAAGCUCUUCAAGAAAUUAAUCCCUGGACCAAAAGUCCGGGAUGUGCUGCUUUUCAGGAAAUCGGUGGACAAGGGCGAAGAAGAAUCAGAGAAGGAUGGGUUCUUCCGGAGACUUCUAAGAGACAGUAAAGAUGAGGAUGAGGAGCUGAUGUCGAGCUCUGAGGGGUUCUUUAAGAGGUUAUUUCGUGAUAGUAAAAAUGAUUCGGAGGAGAAAACAGGUUCUAAGUCUGAAGAUGAAAAAGAAGGGUUCUUCCGAAAAUUUUUUAAGGAGAAGUUUGAGGACCAGAAAGAUGGGAAUGCUAGAGUUGAUGAUGAAGAUAAGGGGACAACUGUUGAAGAAGAAGAGCAAUUGGAAUUUUCAUUGUUCCGCAGAUUAUUUCGUGUUCAUCCCGAAGAAGCCAAAGCUGAAGAUAAGGGUAAUAGUGCAGAAGAAGGAGAGCAUUCGGAAUUUUCAUUGAUCCGCAGAUUAUUUCGUGUUCAUCCUGAAGAAGUUAAAGCGGCAAUAACUAACGGAAACUGUAAUUCUGUUGCCUCGAUUGAAAGUAGCCCGGGAACAGAGAGUUUUUUCCGGAAGCUCUUUUUAGAUCGAGAUCGUUCUGUGGAAGAUUCAGAACUGUUUGGUUUGAAGAAACAUAAAGAGAAGCGUCCAGGCUCCCCAAGGCAGCGUCAUGAAAAGUUGCAUACAAGGCCUCCACUUCCCAAUAACAUGACAUCUCAGAUUCGCAAAGGGACGUAUCAUGUUUCACUGGACUUUGUUCAAUCACUAUGUGAAACUUCGUAUGGUUUGGUUGAUAUAUUUCCAAUUGAAGAUCGUAAAAGUGCACUCCGUGAGUCACUUGCAGAAAUCAAUUCACACAUAGCCGCUGCUCGAAAUUGCGGAGGAGUAUGCUUUCCAAUGGGGAAGGGGAUGUAUCGAGUGGUUAACAUACCUGAAGAUGAAGCUGUUCUUUUGAAUUCUAGGGAAAAGGCACCUUAUCUGAUAUGCGUGGAGGUUGUGAAAGGUGAUAGUCCAAGCCAUACAAAGGAGACAUCCACUGCUCAAAAGCUUCCCAGAGGAGGGAUCCCAUUAGCAAAUGGAGAUGCACAAAUUCCUGAGCCUCCUCCAUGGGCAUACCCUUUUUGGCGUGCACAAGAUACGUAUCAUAAGGGUACUGAUAGGAUGUCAAGAUCUACUACUCAAGCUAUUGACCAGGCAAUGACUCAUUUGUGGGAGGCCAAAGUAAAAUUUGUUGAUGUGAGUCUUUCUGUAGAGAAGGAAUUGGUUAACCAGUUGAAGGAUGCUAAAGUACCAGAAUCAGAGCAUGGUAAUGAUUUGGAAUGGGUAAGAGUCGUGUUGACAGCUGAUCCUGGGGUUAGGAUGGAUGACAUAGAGGACCAAGAGCCACCUUGUCGGAAAGACCACUGCCGUGUUCCAAGCACUAUUGCCAUAGAGGAAGUAAAGGUGGGCCUGUAAGUGGAGCUAUAGUAGUUGUAUAUUAAAUAUGAUUGUUUUCAAAGAUUUUAUAUUCGAACCAUCACAAGUAAACUAUAUUUUGAUAACUGUAUGGAGUUUGUUCAAUUGACUGUGAGAUCCUUGGGUUUGUAUUAGUUCACAAGCCACAUGGUUAUCUGCCCUAGGGUGCAUAUACCUAUAGAAGGCCAAUUUUGGUUUUAAUUUGAUUGAAAAGGUUGCUUCUGGGUUUUUUUUUUUUAAUCUAUUUAUUUGUUCAUUUUACAUAACCUGAUUGCAAAUGUGAUCUUUUUGUAUCACUGCACAACUGAUAAUAUAUUUGAUCUCAAUUUCUCGAAGUUGUUCUUUUGUGCUUG